UGCUUCUCCAGGUGCGUCCCUCUCGAAAUGGCGAAAUCAAAGAACCAUACGGCGCACAACCAGUCGUACAAGGCUCACAGGAACGGGAUCAAGAAGCCUAAGAAGCACCGGCACACCUCCACCAAGGGGAUGGAUCCAAAGUAUCUUAGAAACCUGAGAUACUCAAGGAAGCAUAACGAACUCAACAAGAAGGCUGCUGCCUCUGGUUCUGAAAUGGAGCAGUAGAUGGUUUCACCCUUUUAGAUUCGAUUCUGAUAAACAAUCGAGUAGCCUU